GGCGACGCCUGGCGACACCCAAUAUCAAAACACACACAAAAUUCGAGACACUGAACGAUGACUACACCGAGGAGCAGGAAAGGCCCCACACAGAAGGAAAAGGACGAGCUGGAUUGCGUGUCUGGUGAUGCCAGGGACCAGCAAAUAUCGCGGAUACCUCGCGAGCUGGACAACUUCUGGCGCAUGGAUCCGCGCCUGCCGAGGGGCCUGCUCAAUGGCCACAGCUACCUCAGUUCGCCCAUAUUGAACAAAUCGCUGGCCUUCAGCGACUACGAGCGGCGAGUGCUCUCCAUCCACGGCAUGAUGCCGGUGGCUGUGCGCACCAUGGACGAGCAGGUGGCCGCCUUCAAGAUGAUAUUCGAUCAGAUGACCACCCGGACACAGCAGUACAUAUAUCUGCGCAAUCUGGGAGGCACCAAUCGGCGGCUUUUCUACCACCUGCUGCAGACCGAUUGGGACACCUACAUGCCUGUGCUGGAUAGCUCGGCGUCGGACUUUCUGAUCAAGUGGCACGGUCUGUUCUUCCUCCAGUCGCAGGGCAUGUACAUAACGAUCAAGGAUCUGGGCCACGUGGGUCAGUUGCUCAGGAACUGGCCACGUCGCACCGUUCGCUGUGUGCUGGUCACCAACGGCGCCUCCGUGCUGAGCAUCGGUGACUAUGGCAUCAAUUCUAUGGCCGUUCUAUUAUCCAUUUUACAUCAGAACGUCAUCUUGGGGGGCAUACAUCCGGACUUCUGCCUGCCCCUGGUGCUGGACGUGGGCACCAACAACGAGGACCUGCUCCAGGAUCCCCUCUACAUGGGUCUGCGAGAGCAUCGCACAUCCCGCUCCAACUACCACAAGCUCUUCGACGAAUUCGCCCUGGCCGUGCUGCAACAGUUCGGUUCGCGUACCACCAUCCUGUGUAAGAACUUCGACGCCCAAAAUGCCAUCUACCAGCUGGAGAAGUACAGGAAGCUGCAGUGCUUCGUGGACAUUGACUUCCAGUGCCAGGGGGCCUGCGGUGUGUCCGGCGUGAUUGCGGCCAAUCGCAUGAAGAGAAUGGAAUUCAGGAGCAACACGUUCCUCUUCUACGGCACCCAUGCCAUGAACAUUGGCAUGGCACGCCUUUGCCUCGUCUUCUUCAUGCAGGAGGGCCUGAUCGAGGGCGCAGCCCGGCAGCGGAUCUGGUUCUUCGAUGAAAAGGGCUUGGUGGUGGGCAAUCGAAAGGGUCCGCAUAUACCAGAGGUGCUGCACCCGUAUAUCAACUAUGGUGAGCCGACCGAGGAUCUGGCGGCUGCCAUUGACCAGAUUCGGCCCAAUGUCCUGGUCGGUGCCGGCUCCCAGCCAAAUGUCUUCACCAAGGAGGUGCUGCGCGCCAUGGAGCGGAGCGCCGAGCAGCCCAUCAUCUUCGCCAUGUCGCGGCCCAUCGAAAAUGCCGAGUGCACCGCAGAGGAUGCCUUCACCUACACCAAGGGCCGUUGCAUCUUCAUCACGGGCUCGCGUGUGCCGCGUUUGAAGUAUGCCAACAAAUGGUACCAGCCGGGACGCAGCAACAGCAUCUACCUGCAGGCCGGCAUUUCGCAGGGCAUCCUGCUCUCGGGGAUGACCACCGUGCCGGAUGAGACCUUCCUUGUGGCAGCCGAACGACUGGCUUGCCUCGUCUGGCCCGACGACCUGGCCCAGCGCAAUGUCUAUCCGCCGAUUCGGAAGAUCCAGUGCAUCAAUCAGCGUAUCACCGAGGCCGUCUUCGCCUAUGCCUACCGCAAGGGUCUGGCCACGCUCUGGCCGGAGCCUGAGAAUCCCACCGAGUAUAUCAAGAGCCACAUGUACGACACCAGCUACCGGACGGUGGCCAGCCCAGUGUACUGCAUGGAGGAUAGUGUGAUUGCCACAACCGAGUCCCACAAAUACUACAAGCAGAACAUAUAGAUCCAACAUAUUGAUUGCCCCAUGUUAUUAAAGAAAGAUAGAGAGAGAGAGAGAGAGAGAGAGCCAA